AUGGAAUUCGUUGGAGACCGUUACUACAAUUUGAAUCGUAUGCUGCUACGCUCUAUAGGUUUGUGGCCGUAUCAGAAUCCGAAAAUGAUGAAGUUUCAACGAGUCAUUUCUACCGUCAUUCUCGUCUCCUCUAUCAUUGUCCAGUUAUUGAAAUUUGUCACGACCGAGUACAGCUUGGAUCUUCUGCUCAAAGUUCUCUCGUUUACAACACCUUGCAUGGUGUUCGUUUUAAAGUAUAUUUCCUUUUGCCUCGGUGCGGAAUCAGUGAGAAAUCUCAUGGAGAACGUCGUGAACGAAUGGAAUAUUUUGAGAACCGAGGUCGAGCUCGAAAUUAUAAAGAAACAGUCCGAUCUUGGACGAUUUUAUACGGUGUUCUUCACACUUAAUUGA